ACUAACUUUCUUCUUUAUUCUCCAUUGAUAUUGAAAGCUCUCUGUUUAGCUUACUCCACACAAGAAAAGAAGGAUUGGAAGUGAUGAUGAAGUUUGACGAUCACAUGGUUAGUGCGAUCAAGAAAAGGCGGACUAAGCGGCCGCGCCAGCCAUCUCCGGUUGCGUUAAGAAUGGCUACUAGUUCAUCGUCUAGUACGAUUCAGUGCAUCGGAAGUGAUGAUCAUUUCGCCGCCGCCGCUGGCGGCCGGUUUGAUCAUCUGUCCUCUUCUUCUUCGCCGUCGUCCAACUCGGAGAAUAAUAGGGAACUAAGCGUGGAUUUGGAGGAAGACAUGGCAAACUGUUUGAUCCUUUUAGCUCAAGGUCGCCACGAUCAAGAAUUGCCGGCACCGUCGUUGGUCGCCGGCGGCGCCAACAAGGAAGUUUACGAGUGUAAGACGUGUAAUCGGGUCUUCCCUUCUUUCCAAGCUCUGGGUGGGCACAGAGCGAGUCACAAGAAACCGAAAGCGUCAUCGUCGUCAGCAAUUCCUUCGCCGGAAAAUCAAGAAAGCUAUUACGAGGAUGUUACAACGUUGUCGCUGCAAAUUCCGGGCAGAAUUUUGCCGCCGUCUCCCAUGCUUUCCAACAAAAACAAGAUGCACGAGUGUUCCAUUUGUGGAGCUGAGUUCACUUCCGGCCAAGCCUUGGGCGGUCACAUGAGGCGGCACAGGCCACUGCCGCCUAACGCCGCCGCCGCAACUACCACCAGUAGCGGCGGCGGCCGUGAAGAUUUUGACCUUAACCUUCCGGCGGCGCCGGCGGAAGAAGAACGCCGAGAAACCAGCUUCCCCUUUGCGUCGAAAGAGCGAGUCAUCGUCUUCUCCACUUCUACUCUGGUGAAUUGCCAUUAUUGAUGAUCAUCAAUUCUAUCAUCAACCUCACCCCGGCGGCCAGCACGUAUAUUCUUUUUUCUUUAAUCAUUAUAUUGAUCUCUCAUCAUUGAGAGCUGUGAAUUGAAUUAUUAUUACUAUUAUUUUCACAUUUGUGCUCAUGAUAUACAUGUAAAACUUUAACAUUAUUAUAUUAAUGAUUCAUUAAAUA